AAGAUAUAAGGGAGCCAGCGAACGGCAGUCAGUGUUGUGCUGGAUUGUGCAUUCGAUCAUACUGUUCAUAGAAGCGUAAUUAUCGAUCAGUGAUUCCCCAAGCGAAACGAAAAUGCGGAUUUGGGUGCUGUUAACCAUUCUCGUAAUAGUCACGGUGCUAGCCACCGAGGCGUUCGCGAAGAAAUCUGGCAAAGAAGCCGAAUCCCGCGGUAAGGAAGGCUACAAGAAGAAGAAAGAUGUAGCGUACUCAAAGGAAGAAAAGUCGAAGGAGAGCGAAGGCAAGAAGCUGCAAUCGAAGAAGAGGAGGAGCAGCUCGUCCGAGGGCAAGAACGAAGAGGCGUACUCUGAAAGCAACGUGCAAGCCGAGGACUCCGCGAAACCAGGCAAAUCGAAGAACAAGAAGCUGAAGGAAAAGGAAAACGUCGAUCCUCGUGAGAACUCGGGCGAUGUCCCCAAGGACAAGUCUAAGAAGAAGCAGUCGAAGUAUACGGUGGAAUCGCAAGAUGCCCAUCAGAAGAAAUCAAAGAAAGCUCCGAAGGACAAGAAACUGAAGGACAAAUCUCAAGUCGAAGAGGAGGCUGAGUUGGAGGUCACAAAGAAAUCGAAACGAGAAAUGGAGAGCAAUGACGCUGAAAAGGUUGAAAAAGUAACGAAGAAGGACAAGAAGAAGAAGCUCGAACCGAGGAAAGUUGACGAGGAGACCGUAGUCGAGGAGAAACCAGUAGAAGCUGAAGUGGCCGAACCUAAAGCGAAGCGCACCAAGAAGGACAAGAAGAAGGGUGGAAAAAACAAGCAGGAGAAAAAUAGGAAGAAGAGGGAGAUAGUCCAGGAAGAAGAACAGGCGGAGGAAGAAACCCUUGCGAAUGGUCGACAGGAUGACGCAGCUGAGCAGGAAGAGGAACCAAGUUGCCAGAAAGCGGGAGAUGAAAUGAAUGAAGAUGGCGCGCAGGGGUGUAACGAAGCGUAAAGUUUGAAUGUACGAAUAAACGCGACAUUUUAUAAUAUCAUAUCUUGUCAGUGCAUCGGUAUGUGGAUAUAUGAAGGUUGCGAAUCAUUGAGAUUGUAUUAUCUAUUGAUACUAACAAGUAUUAAUAGAGGUAAUGAUAAAUUACAGAUGAACCGAUCGGAAUGUCACACGUUGAUUUACAUCACAUUUAUUUAAUCUAUGUUUACAUCCAGUCAUACAAAUACACGUAACAUUCCUUAAUUUCAGGUACCUCAUGCUUACUGAAAAAAUAAAAAAUAAAAAAACGAACAAUGUCAUUAUCCUAUGAAAUGUAUAUAGUUAUAUAUCGAUGAAUAAAUAUUUUUUAUAAAUAGA